GUAAUCAUGACAGUAGCAGAGGAUUUGUUGUGUUCUGCUUCUCAGAACAGUCGCAUUUCACUGCAGCGAACACAGGCUGGAUGGCUGUUGAUAGCGGCCCUCAUGACAUUAGGUCCUGCAGUUGUCCAACACCAUCUGCCACGAAUGCUGUUACUGUGGAAAUGCAUCUUUCCAUCAUCCCCUAAAGACCUAGAAACAGAGAAGACACGAGGAGAUUCGUUUACCUGGCAAGUAACACUGGAAGGUCGUGCUGGUGCUCUGUGUGCUAUCAAAAGCUUUGUUUCCCACUGUGCUGGUCUUCUUACGGACGAAGUUGUUCAGAGACUUCUUCCUCCUCUCCCAAGUGCUGUUGAUUUGUUGACACAGCUUUCUUCGAUAUAUAAGUCAUAUGGAAAUUCUUUAAAAACACCAUCAACGGUUUACAGGCAUAAACUUUAUGAAUUACUAGCAGUAUUGCCUCCGAAGACUUACGAAGGAAGCUUCUGUGAUGUUCUAAAAGAGUUGGUGACCGAUUUGACUGUCCCAGAUAGCCAGAUUGAUGCCUCUACAUUCUUGCUUCCACCCCUUUGUCAUGAAAAUGAUCUUCUUUUACUUGGUCCCUUACUGCAGGAGACUGACCACAGAUUUAUCGAAGAGCAGCUCCUUUUAGGUAACAGCAUAGCUGGUGGCAGCCUGGAGUAUGACCCUUACUCAAUUUAUGAGAAAGUUGCAAAAGGUGAUUCAGUACCUACACCACUACCUCCCAUAUUGUCUGUUAUCAGUGCAGCAACUCGUCUUUUUGGAGUUAUGUUUUCUCAUGUAGCAGAAUCUCACAGGCUCCAGGUGUUAGAACAGUUGUUGAAUUCCAUAAAGCAAGCAAAAGGAUCACGGCAACAAAUAGUACAACUAAAUGUAGUGUCAGCCUUUUCUACUUCCUUAAAGCACUUGGCUAACUGCAAGGGAAGUUUAGGUUCAGAAGAAGUUAGGAGGUCUGCUCUGACCUUAGUAAUGGGUGCCUUGGAAAGCAAUAAUCCACUCCUGAGAUGUGCUGCUGCAGAGUGUUUGGCCAGAUUGGCACAGGUGGUUUCUGACACUUCCUUCACUGCUGGAUUAGCACAAGUCAGUUUUGACAAGCUAAAAUCUGCUAGGGAUGUGGUGUCAAGAACAGGUCAUUCUUUGGCUCUGGGAUGUCUAUAUAGGUACCUAGGAGGAAUAGGUUCUACUCAGCACCUGAAUGCAUGUGUUGGAAUCCUUUAUACUUUAUCUCAGGACACUACUUCUCCUGAUGUACAGGCAUGGGCACUACACUCUCUGUCACUGAUAGUAGAUUUAGCUGGCCCUUUGUAUCAUGUGCAUGUGGAACCUACCUUAUCUCUUGUUCUCAUGUUGUUGUUGACUGUGCCUCCUGCUUAUGCUGAAGUUCACCAAAGCCUCGGUCGCUGCUUAAAUGCCCUUAUUACCACGCUGGGCCCUGAAUUGCAAGGCAGCAGUACGACAGUUUCAGCCUUAAGAACUUCCUGCCUCCUGGGUUGUGCAGUGAUGCAGGAUAAUCCUGACUGCCUUGUUCAGGCUCAAGCCAUCUCUUGCCUUCAGCAGCUUCACAUGUUUGCUCCUCGACAUGUCAACUUGUCUAGCCUU